AUGUUAUGCAAUGAAGGACAUCGGCAAGCUCUUAAAGCACAAAAAGAACGUGAUAAAACACAAUAUAGAGAAUACACGGGUGAUCUUGGUCAUCCUCUUCUUUAUGCAUUCGUACCAGAUCAUGCAUUAUUAUCGGAUGAUGAUAGUCAUACACAAUUACUCAAUUGUAAUCUAUUUGAUACACUUGAUUAUAAAUUUCAACUUUCUUCUCUACCUGAUCUAAAACAUGAAUCAUAUCAAAUCGAUGGUGAUCUUAAUUUUGCAAAAAACGAAAAAAUGAAAUAUAAACUUAGCCUUGAUGAAAUCGAAUUUAAUGAUUCAGAUUAUGAUUCAGAAUUAAGUGAUAUAGAUAGAUUUAUUAAUAAACAAGAUCCUAUUCAAGUAUAUCGUCAAGCAUGUAAACGAUAUCAAAUUCAUCCACAUCACAGUGUUAUUGAAGGAUUAAGUAGGGAUAUUAUCGAUUUAUCUGAAAUGUCAAUAAAUGAUCUUGAUCUAAAAGCGAUUUGUCUUGCAUUACGUAUUCAUACACAAAUGAAAUACAUUCGUUUAAGUGCAAAUAAUAUUACGGCACAAGGUUGUGCGUACCUUCAAGAAACACUAAAAGAUAAUUAUAAAAUAGAAGAACUUGAUAUUUCAAAAAAUCCAAUUAGAACCGAAGGCAUUGAAAUUUUAUCUUUACUAUUUAUAAAUGAUGAAACAAAAAUAUCGAUUAUUAAGAUAUUAAAUUUAUCUUCAUGUGAACUUGUCGAUUUAGAUGGACCAAUUAUUAGAAAAAUUAUUCAAGGAGGUGAUAUGCUUCAAGAAUUAUACCUAAGUGGAAAUCAACUUGGUGCAAUCACAUGUAAAAAUAUUGGAUUAGUAUUAAAGGACGCACCUGAAUUAAGAAUUCUUGAUUUAAGUUGGAAUAUGAUUCGCGACUAUGACAUACGUCCUAUAUGUAAUAGUUUAAAAAAUAAUCAAUCACUUGAAAGACUUGAUUUGAUGAUGAAUGGAUUAGGUAAUCAAGGUGCUAUACUUAUCGCGAAAAUGUUAUCAAGUAAUGAAACUUUAAUUGAACUUGAUAUGUCAAAUAAUCGUAUUGAAAAGGAUGGAGCAAAUAUAUUUGCUUCAAGACUUGAAAUGAAUCGUAGAUUGAAAAAAUUAUGGUUCGGUAAUAAUAACAUUGGUACACUUGGUUCUCUUGUUCUUUUAAAAGCCAUUGAUCAUAUAAAAAGUCAAGUUGAAUAUCUUAAUAUUGAAAAUGUUCUUGUUAAUGAUGAUUUUCUUAAUUUAUAUACACAAAUUAAUCAAUAUUUGAGGUCACUGGAAGUUGUACAUGGUGGAAUACGAGGAAGAUUAGGACGAAUACAUUCAUUAGUACCCGGCUUUACCGUUAUGGAUGAUAUUGAUUUACGAUUUCUCGAUACGAAAUCAUUGCAUGCAAUGUUUCAACGAGAUCCAUUUAAAAUUCUUGGUCGUAUGGCUAAAGAAGGUGGAUACGAUUUUUUGAAAGCACUCAAGAAAUGGGACCUCGAAGAACAUGGAUAUUUAACAUAUUCAAUCUAUAUUAUUGAUUUUCCAAGUGCCGUCAAGGAUGCUGGUAUCAAUUUAGACAAAACUCUUCAUUUUAUCUUAUGGAAUUAUCUUAAAAAAAUUGCAAAAAAAGGUUCUGUUAGCUAUCUGCAAUUUAUUACUCCAUUACCAAAACUAACUCUUAAAAUCUCCGUAAAGAAAAAACAAACAUCAGUCAAUAUCAAGAAAUAA